AUGAAAUGUAAAAUUAUCCCGCGCCGGCGGCGUCGCCGCCCGUUGUCCUCAAGGAAUGAAUCAACCAGAUCUUCGCGAAAACAACCAAAUUCCAGGACGUCGUCAAGGAGAUCAAGGAUAUCCAAGGCAUCUCAACGCUCCAUUGAGACUCAAGAUGUGGAGAACGAGGAGUAUCGGAGUGAAGGGAUCGAUUACUGGUUCAAUGUUUUGUUAUGCCGAGGGGAUCUGGCUAACGAACGAUUUGAAGCGAGGCCGGUUGGGUUUAUGCAAAUGGUAAGGCGUUGCUAACCUUGAAAAUGGCAUUGUAAAAUACGAUCUUCAGCAACCUGUCUUUAAUAAACCAAUUAUUUUCUAUUUAUUUCAGUUUACCCAUUGUCGAUCGGACGACAGAUUUUUGCUUUAUCUGGGAAUUAUUGCCUCAGUAAUCAGCGGAGUCGCCAAUCCUUUGGGACUAUUUAUGAUCGGCAACUUGGCAGAUGCAAUGAUCGUCUUCAAGCAGGUAAAGAAAGCCCUUACCUCUUUCUUGCAACUUUUAGGACGGUAAUGUCGCGAAUCUCUGGACAGACGCUUUAUUUUACAUUGAAUUGAGUGUUGCAAUUGGAGUUUUACUAAUUUUGGUGUCUUUUACUCAAUGUUAUUGCCUCAAGAAGGUCGGAACAAACACUUGUGCGAUCUUGAAGUCCCUUUACAUUUACGGAAUUCUCCGGCAAGAUGCUUAUUUCUUUGACAAAAACAAAUUCGGAAGUCUGAAUAGUCAAUUGACAAAGUGAGUGAGAUUUAAUGUUGUUUCCAAAGUUGUUUAGCAAUGUGAAUGUGGUUGGCGACGGUAUUGGAAACAAAUUUGGUUUGUUGAUUCGUGGAAUGACAUCCUUCGGUACAAUCAUAGCCAUUUCUUUUUAUUACAGCUGGAGGAUUACAUUGGUGAUGAUCGGAGGAGCUCCGGUUUCUUGUCUGAUCAUCUCGCUGAUGGCAAACGUAAGUCAGAUCCAACCUCCACAUAGAGAGCCAGUUUUUAUCCCACGUAUAUGACAUUCUUCGGUUAUCCUUUCCGGCCCAUUGCGCCUUCUUACUUCAAGUUUCAGGUCAUUAACAAAUUUACCGUCGCCCAAUCCCGUUGCAUCGACAAAUCCGGCGCUCUUUUACAAGAUUCCAUUAUGAAUGUGCGCACAGUUCAGUCCUGUAACGGUCAAAAUCAAAUCGUCCUCAAAUACAGUAACCUCCUAAGGUCAGGCCGUCGCUUUGGGAUCAAAGGCUUCAUUGCCCAUGGGAUUUUCGAUGGGAUCUUUUUUAUCGUUGUUUAUCUUUUUUAUGCUGGAGGAAUUUACGUUGGAGGCUUGCUCUAUUACGACAAACUUGUGUCGGCUGCUGAUGUCUUCGUUGUGACCAGUUUGAUGAUGAGCGGAACUUAUUUUUUGGGGUCGAUGAGCCCUCAUUUCAUGGCCGUUUUCAAGGCCAGAGUUGCGACGGCUGUUCUCUACAAGAAGAUCAAUCGGGUACCGCAAAUUGAUUGUUACAGUACCGAAGGGCAUGUACUCUUUAGAUCAAGAGGAAAAUUGGAAUUCAGAGGUGUCAAAUUUUCUUAUCCUGGGAAAAGAAGGAAUGAAGUUUUGAAGGGGAUCAAUUGGAUCGUAGAGCCGGGGGAAACUGUCGCCAUCGUCGGGAAAAAUGGCUGUGGAAAAAGCACCUCAGUAAGCAAAUUAUGGAUUUUGCCUCUGCUACUAUACAUGUACACCAAAUAAUUUUAGGUGAAUUUGUUAACCCGAGUGUAUGAUUGCACAGAUGGGCAGGUCUUGGUCGACGAUCGGGACAUCAAAACUUUGAAACUUCAUUCUCUUCGCAAAGCGAUUGGACUGAUUCCACAAGAGCCCGUCUUGUUCACGGGAACCAUUGCGGAUAAUAUUCAACUGGGUAACGCGCAUAUCAGCAAACAGCGAAUUGCACGGGCUUGUCAAAUGGCCAAUGCGCAUGCGUUCAUCAAAGAGCUGAGGAAGGUAAGGGCGGGGCCGAAGGAAGGCUUAACGAUUCUCUACUCUUCUUGACUCCAUUUCAUCUUCAGGGUUAUCUAACCGAAGUUGGCUCCGGAGGCGUCCAGCUUUCGGUUGGUCAAAAGCAACGGAUUGUAAUUGCUCGGGCAAUCGCUAAUAACCCCAAAAUAUUGCUCAUCGAUGAAGCCACCUCCGGUCUAGAUGCUGAAUCCGAGGCGCACGUUCAGAAAGGCCUGAAAAAUGCUUGCAGAAAUCGAACAACAAUCAUCAUUGCUCAUCGAAUGACAACUCUAAAAAACGCAAAGAAAAUCAUUGUUAUGGAUGAGGGAAAGGUGGCUGAUAUUGGAACUCAUGAAGAGCUGAUGAAGAAGAAUGAAUAUUACAAGGAGAUGGUGGAAACACAGAGCUUUGGAGAGGAAGACGUUAUUUUAGAUGAGGAGGAGACCGCGUUGGAGGAGGAGGAAGAGUACGACCAGUAUUGGACUGAGGAGAUUGAUGAGUUGUUCAGACAAACUGUCCAUGCUCUGCAGGCUCCAAUGUUCAGAGGAAUGGCGUUACAAAGUAAUAGAUAGAUAACAACUACUCAAUCUUUGCAGAUAAAUGCCUUGACUCUACGACAGAACUUUCUGUGAAAAUUUCCCGCGCAGGAACGGAUCCGGAUCUCCAUACGCGAACACCGAUACGGCUGUUACAACUCUACUCAACUUGCCAAUCACAUUAUGCCACGCUGAUCGCGGCCAUCAUCUUCAGUUGUCUUCGCGGUGCGGAAGUCGCUUUAUGGAUAGUGAUUUCAAAGUUUUUAUUCUCAAUUCUCGCCGAUGUUGACUCUCCGACGUUCCAUGAAGAUCUUCUUCGUGUGUCGUUGUCUUCAGUCGGACUUGGAGUCUACUCAUUUGUGGUUAUUGUUUUGUCGGUAAGUCUUCACAAACUUCUGGGUUUCCUGUGACAGAAUAAGGGCUCUUUUUAGGUCUUAUGUCAUGGCUCCUUGACGGAGCAAGUCGUCGAUUCUUUGAAGACCCGAGCAUUGAAGUCUGUUCUCCAUCAAGGCGGUCCGUAUUUUGAUGAACCAGACACUUCUCCCUCCCGUUUGGUUCAUCGGAUUACCAGCGAUACUCAGAAGAUUCGACCGGUAAGGCAUACUAUCUAAACAACAGUUUUGUUAACUUUUGGCAAAAGUCCAUAAGAAUACCUUUGCAGGAAACCUUAUCAUAAAAUAAGUUAAUCUUAAACGGGCUGCUUGAAACUAUAGCUCAAAUGGACGUUUUUAGAUGGGAGUUGAUCCAUCUGUUAUUUUUAUUACACUGCCUUCGUUACCCCGGAAUCUAAUAGACCACUUUUCAGGCCUUGGACCUCCGUCUCCACCAAGUCAUCAACAAUGGAUUCUGUUCAUUUGUCCAAUUAAUUGUAGCAUUUCUUUACUCCUGGGAAGUUGCCUUAGCCGGUGUUAUUUACUACGCUCUGCUCUACUUUUUACUCGUCUUUUGCAGUAAAAAAAUGCAAAUAGCAGUUGCCGCAAAAAUGAAAAAUGAUAAAACCGGGCAGACAGCCAUUGAAAUCAUCGAAAAUACAAGGACAAUUCAAUUGCUGGUCAAGGAAGAGUACUUUUUGGAUUUGUAUAUCAAGAGCAUCAGGGAGAAUUUGAAGCUGGAAAAGAAAGUAAAUCAAGCUUAGUACGGUAUAGUUAUUCUUAGUGUUGUUUCUACGAGUCUCUGGUGUACACUCUAACACAAAGUUCGAUGCAUAUUGUAAAUGGCGUGGUGUUUUUGGUUGGGAUUUAUUUGAUCGCCGAAAGAGGGUAUUCCAUUGACAAUAUUUACAUGUGAGUGAUAUGGUAAAAGGGCUAGACAAGUCCAAUACUUAAUAUUGUUGUAGGUCUGCAGCAAUUAUGAGCAUUCUGUGUUGGUCAGUGUUCUUCAUCAGCAUCUCGUUUAGCGAUAUUUUGCAUGCUGUUCCAGCUGCCCAAAGUCUGAUCGAGAUCAUCAAGGAAAGGCCUGUUGUGGACGAAAAUGAAAAGGAUGGAUUAUUAACUGUAAGAGGGCAUUGUAAAGAGCUCAUUCUCUGCUCGUCAAGCCUUUCUCGUGUAUUUAAUUUUGUGAUUUUUGAAACGACUAACUUUAGAAAGUCGACGGUUCAGUCCAAGCUCUUCAAUUAUCAUUCGCGUAUCCAAUGGCCCCUCACAAGAAUAUCAUCCAAGACUUCGCUCUCUUCGCCGAUCCUGGCCAAACUAUUGGCAUCUGUGGUCCUAGCGGAACUGGGAAGAGCACGUUUCUUUGGCUGCUCCAACGAUUCUACGAUCCGGAUUUUGGAACAAUAGUAAUCUUUUUCAAAAUUCUCAGUUUUUUUUGGCAUCUUAAUUCAUAGCAGAUUUUUUUGAGGCAAUCGACGACAUCCAACUCCAUCGUUUCCAACUAUCCGCCUUAAGAAAUCAGAUGGGACUUGUCACACAAGAGCCCGUGUUGUUUGCUGGAACGAUCACAGAAAACAUCUUGAUGGGGACAACUGAAGCCAACAUUGAUGAUGUUGUAGAGGCUUGUCGCAUCGCUCAUGCUAAGAAAUUCAUUGAGAAACUGCCAGAGGUAACCAAAGCAACUUUUGAGAAUUUGCUCUUUUUGCUGAUAAUUCAACUUAUAGUCCACGACUUUUGGAUGACUCUGUGCCUUCUGAUUACUUUUUUUAGGGCUAUGAAACAGAAUGCGGUGAAAAAGGAAACCGUCUUUCCGGCGGCCAGCGUCAACGAAUUGCCAUAGCCAGAGCCCUGAUUCGCCAGCCAAGGAUCUUACUGUUAGACGAAGCAACUUCAGCAAUGGAUUCGAUGAGCGAACGAUCCGUGCAAAAGGCAUUACAUGCGGCUUCAAAAGGACGGACUACGAUUACAGUGGCUCACAAAUUAGUAACUCUAAUCAACGCGGAUAGGAUUUAUUACAUCGAAAAUGGGCGGAUCAGAGAAUGUGGAGAUCAUAAACAAUUAAUGGAGAUGAAUGGAAGAUAUGCAGCUAUGGCCAGGAGACAAAAUUUACAUUUUUUGAAAGAAGACAAGCAGUAA